AUGAGUGUAUUUGGAAAGAUAUUUGGUAGCAGUAAAAAGCAACAGACACCACCAGCAACCCCUCAGGAAUCUAUACAAAAAUUGCGGGAAACCGAGGAAAUGCUGGUGAAGAAGCAAGAAUUUUUGGAAAAGAAAAUAGAAGCUGAAAUUGCAUCGGCAAGAAAACAUGGAACAAAAAACAAACGGUUGGCUUUGCAUGCGUUGAAACGGAAGAAACAAUUUGAAAAGCAGCUGCAGCACAUUGACGGUGUCUUAUCAACGAUCGAGUUUCAACGAGAAGCUUUAGAAAAUGCGUCAACAAAUGCUGAAGUAUUGCAAGUGAUGGGUUCUGCAGCGAAAGCUCUCAAAACAGCACAUAACGAUAUGGAUGUAGAUCAAGUACACGACUUAAUGGAAGAUAUUGCGGAACAACAAGAGGUUGCUAAUGAAAUUGCUGAAGCAAUUAGUAAUCCAGUUGGUUUUGGUCAAGAUGUGGAUGAAGACGAAUUGCUGAAGGAACUGGAAGAACUGGAACAGGAAGAGCUUGAUAAACAGCUUCUAGAUGUCGGACCGACACCAGCAUCUUCAGUUUUACCUGAAGCUCCAACAGCUGAACUUCCAGUUUCUGGAAAGAAGACUACUACCAAGAAACAAGAGGAUGAUGACUUGGCCGAAUUAGAAGCUUGGGCAAACGCGUGA